AGGCAACCAUUGUACGCGCAGAAGACACAACCCCCAGUAUUUCUUGGACGUUUACACAUGACUCUAUAACCGAGUGAUCUGAUUUUACGCGAAAAUGUUCGCCGGUUCACUACAUAUCGGAAGUCUUGCAUGUAGACGAGAACACGUAAACGGGAUCCAAAGAUUAUCCUCUAUUUUUGAUUACAGCAUGCGUGGCAGACGCGACAUUGCAUCCAGCACCACCUCUGUUGUUGAGCAUAACAAGCAGAAAACGAUAGACGAUUUGGACGGACCGAGUUUCGUGAGAACUUUAUAUUGGCUUAUUGGUAAAGGAUAUUUAUCAUUAUCACAUCAAAUGCAAAUUGAACACAGCAAGAUCUACGGCCCUCUGUGGAAGUCCAAAUUCGGCUCAAUGGUCCUGGUGAACGUGGCCAACGCGGACAUGAUCGCGCAGGUGAUGAGGCAGGAGGGACGCCAUCCCAUCAGGACGGACAUGCCUCACUGGAGGUUCUACCGAGAGAUCCGAAACAAGGCGUACGGACCCCUGUCCCAAAACGGAGCCGAGUGGUUGCACAUUCGCAGCGUUCUCAACCCAGCCUUGCUCAAGCCUGUGCAUGUGUCGCGGUACACCAACACCCUCAACAUGGUCGUGACAGACUUCAUCAACAGGGCCACCUGGCUGAGGGAGAAUACGGGCCAGGGUAUCGUAGUCCACAACCUGGCCGAUGAGCUCUACAAGUUUGCUUUUGAAGGAAUCUGCUCGGUGCUAUUUGAGACCCGGAUGGGCUGUCUGAACGAAGUGUUUCCAGAGGAGACUCAAAAGUUUAUCAGCUCUGUGGGGGAGAUGUUUCGUGUGUCUAUGAUUAUCCUCCUGUUCCCCAAGUUCCUUUGGCCCUACAAUCCCAUUUGGAAGCAAUUUGUUGCAGCCUGGGACCACAUCUUUAAAGUUGCGGAUAAACUGGUGCAGCAGAAGAUUGGCUCCAUCCAGGAGAAGGUGCGUCUGGGUGAGACUGUGGAGGGAGAGUAUCUUACCCAUCUGCUGCUCAGUGACCAGAUGACCCUGGAGGAGAUCCUGGCCAGCAUCACUGAGCUCCUGGUGGCCGGAGUGGACACGACGUCAAACACCGUGGCAUGGGCUCUGUAUCUGCUGGCCGCACACCCAGAGAUCCAGGAAAGAUUGUACCAGGAGGUGAUCAGCGUAUGCCCCAGAGGCAAAAUCCCCACAAGCGAUGACUUCUCAAACAUGCCCUACCUCAAGGCUGUCAUAAGAGAGACUUUACGACUAUACCCAGUGGUACCAGGGAACGCCCGCGUCACCGCUGAAAAGGAGAUCAUGGUCGGAGAUUACCUCUUCCCCAAAAGGACCCUGUUCCACCUGUGUCACUACGCCGUGUCCUACGAUGAGAGCGUCUUCCCGGAGCCCCACGCCUUCAGGCCCUCCCGCUGGCUCCGCGGAGACACCAGCCAGCCCCGGAGCCACCCGUUCGGCUCCAUCCCGUUCGGCUUCGGGAUCCGGGCCUGCCUGGGUCGGAGGCUGGCCGAGCUGGAGAUGUACCUGUUGAUGUCCAGGUUAAUGCAACAUUUUGAGGUGAGGCCGGACCCUUCCGGAUGCAAAGUAGAGGCAGUCACCAGGACUCUUCAUUGCCCUGCUCAGCCAAUGAACCUGCAGUUUAUUGACAGGAAAGAUUAGAGGGAGGAGCUAGGAGGACCACAUACAAAAAACCAACGCACUGAACUACUGAAACGUAUGGUACGACAAUAUUGGUACCCUGUCAACCAGCUCUACAUUUCAGCACCCGUCCAAACAGUUGUUGGGAGUUAGUUUCCCUCAAGGCUAAAUGCUUUAAUAAAUAUGUUGUGUCAAUAUGUUUUUACCUGCUGUCCUGGCUGCGGAGCUCACCACUAACAUCAGGACAGCUGAAACCCUCCCCUAUUUCCGCCACAGGCUGAGAACUCAUCUGUUCUUGGCUAAGGAAUAAAACAAAGCAUGAUUUAGCAUCUGCUGUAUAAAUGUAAUAUAAUGUUAUAUUUGUGAUUUUUAUGUGUUACUCCCUGGAACUUGUUUCGCUUUUGGGAGAGAGUUAAAGUGACAGACUUGCACUCUUAUUAUGUUAUCAGGAGUUAUCAAUGCGUGCACUAAUCAGCACCAAAUUGUGUUGCAUCAAAUCCUUUGCCAUCUCAAGUCAUUUCAGUUUAGAUUUCCUUCUAUUCCUUCUUGCCGAUUUAAAUGGGGGGAGCCUAUUUACCCUCCUGGCUAUGUAGCCAAUCACUGUACAUUAACGUAGCAAAGGGGAUUCAGACCACGCCCCUACCAUCUUGAGUCUUUCUAGGACCGAGUUUAUAAGAUUACUUUUGGUUGUAUAUUCAUUUACUUAAAAAAUAUAUAUAUAUUUGUAUAGUGGAUAGAAAACAUGAUAAUUUUAUGUUUUUAGAUCCUGUUUUCCGUCAAUUUUAGACGAUGGACAGCAUGAAUGUAACAAAAGUCAUUAUUUAUCCGACCUGUUAUAAUACCUUUUAUUGAUUGAUUUCACCUUUUGUAAUUUGUUAUCAAUGUUUUGUGCGAUUAUAUAAUAGGUUUGUGUUCAAACUUCCCAAUUCGCAAUAUAGGUAAGCAGGACAUUCCCUUUUUAUAUUUUAAUGUAAUUAUUUGUCUUUAUGUUUCCAUAGAUAUAUUAUCUAAAAGUUAACAAUAUAAGCAUAGACAUAUAUAGUUUAAAACAAUGCUUUGUGCCUGUUUUCUUGCAUUUGCACCAUUUAGUGCCAUCUUGUGGAGAAAUGUCUUACGGCUGUAAACCUGAUGUAGGCAUAUACCCAAAUAAAGAUAAUGAAUCCUGA